CAGAUUUUUGUAACGGACGGCGGUCAUCCAUCCGUAACCAACCCUUCUUUGUUAUACGACGAGGAAACCGUACCAGUGGCAACGAACUUUCAAUACACGCAGCAUAUCGCGGACGAGCAAGGAGGACUCCACCAGGAAGCUCUCACCCCGCCUGUAAUGUUUCCAGACCCUUUCACUCUUCCAUUUCCGACGGCAAAAAUGAACGACCGAACGCCUCUCUUACGCCCAGCGGUAUUUUCGCCUGACGUCGACCGCCAAGUUCCGCUUCCGAGAUACUUUCUGUGUAGAUCUUAUGACACACCUUCCGUGUCGUCUGAUAUCCCGCCUGCAUCUUUCAAUACAGUAGGGAAAAGUACUUUUGGGCAAACCGUAAAGUGCUAUGGUGCCUCAUCUAUUUUGCGAGCUUAUGCUUUUCUUCUCAGCUUUUCAAUUCCAUCGCAGUCUUGCUGGGAGUAGGGAUGCUGGCCCAACCUCUGGCGUUCGCCUACGCCGGAUGGGUGGCGGGUACGUUUCUCCUUGUUUCAUUCGGCUUCAUCAGCUGCUACACUGCCAAAAUCCUCGCCCGCAUCAUUCAUUCUGAGCCCCAUUUGAAGCUCUACACGGACAUCGGGCGAAGAGCGUUUGGUGCACGUUCGACACUGGUCAUUAGUAUCGCGUUCUUCCUUGAGCUGUUUUUGCUAAGUGUGUUGUUGGUUACGCUUUACGCGGAUUCCUUGGAGUCAUUGGUGCCGGCUCAUUCUCCUGUUACAUAUAAGCUCUUGGCUCUAGUGAUACUGAUACCUACCUUGUUCUUCCCUCUCUCGGCCCUUUCGUAUACGUCAAUACUGGGCAUCGCUUCGUUACUUUUGAUUUUGGUGGUCGUAUUUAUCGACGGAACUUCGAAGCUUGAUGCACCUGGAAGCCUGUGGUCCCCAGCCGAGACUUAUCCAGGCAUCCGUAGCUGGAAUCAUCUCGGAAAGGCGUUUGGCUUAUUCAUGGCAGGGUUUGCGGGACAUGGAGUACUGCCUUCGUUGGUACACGAUAUGGAGGAUCCUUGUCAGUUUGAUACCAUGGCCAACUGGGCAUUCUUCUUCUCAACCGUCAUUUACUUGUUAAUCGGCGGCGCCGGAUAUCUCAUGUUCGGAACACCGGUUAGUGAAGAGAUCAGCAGAGACCUAUUGCGAACGCCCGGCUAUAACGCUGUACUGAACAAGAUAUGCCUGUGGAUGCUCGUGGUCAGUCCACUAUCUAAAUUCGCCUUGGUCGUACAGCCCCUCAAUGCGACAGUCGAAAAGUUGUUCAAAUCUCAAAAUAAGCCAGCGCAUCAAAACCCACGACAGCGACUCUUGGGAAUCGCCCAGCGGCUGUCGAUCACCCUUCUCACAGUCGGCGUUUCUAUCAUAGUGCCUGACUUUGGACAAGUCACUGAAUUGAUGGGAUCCUUCUCUGCGUUCUUGAUUGUUGUUAUAUGUCCCAUUGGCGCCAAACUGACUAUUACGCGCACAUGUGGCUUCUUUGAUGUGCUGGUGCUAGGUAUAUCCGUUCUGAUGGGGACAUGGGGAACGAUAACUGCGUUUCUGUAACCUGUACUUCCUCAUUGCGUUGGAAUUUCCCCUGCGUUUUACUGCCUUGCGUUAAAAAGUCUCUUUCAUUGAUUA